GUCACACGGCCGUUGCGUUAGAUUGGUCGGGGCUAACUGUCAGUUUCCGAGAGGAAAUUUGCUGCUCCGAAAGGAUAUUUUUUGUGCGUUUGUUUAAAUGUGAUUCUUACGGGGCGAUUUAUAUUUCUAUAUAUAUAAGGAUACCUGUGAUAAAAAAAAAAAAAUAAAAAAACGCACUCAGAAUGGCUCAGCGCCCUCAAAGCUACGGAUCUACGGAUCAGCGGGUGGAUGUACCUGAAAUAGGAUUUAGUCCUACUGAACUUUAUAGCCUCAGUGAGAAUAUUACCACUAACAUAUAUACCAUUAAUACAAGUUGGAAAACCCUGGACAGAGCUUACAAAAAUAUCGGAACCAGUAAGGAUAAUCAAGGCUUAAGAGAUAAAGUACAUGUAACACAAUUAAGCACCAAUCAAGUGGUUACUCAGACAAGCAAGGACAUAGCAAGACUGACAGUGUUGAUGAGGCGUGGAGACAAGCAGCAAAAGUUACAAAUCGAGAAACUAACGACUGACUUUAAAGAUGCGUUGCAGAGAUACUCCGAUAUGCAAAAAUCAAUCGCGGAAAAAAUGAAGAGACAUAUUUUAGCUAUGACUAAUAUAGACAAUUCAAUGGAUGAUGAGGAUGCUGAAGAAACCCAGCGUUUGCUACAUGCCCAAGAACAGGAACACAGAACUACUCAAAGAACGCUAGAGUUUCAGCAAGGGCUUCUUCUGGAAAGGGAGGACAGGAUAAAGCGAAUCGAGGGCGACAUUUUGGAUGUGAAUCAAAUUAUGCGCGAACUCGCAGCAUUGGUGCAUCAGCAAGGUGAUACUAUUGAUACAAUUGACAACCAUAUAGAGAAUAUUCAUGACAACGUUGAGCUGGGAGCCCAAGAGAUAGUGAAGGGAAGUAAUUACCAAAGUAAAUUUCGUCGGAAAGUUUACAUUUUGUUGUUGCUCGCGAUUAUAGUUGCCAUUGUAUUAACUGUUAUUCUAGUCAUUAAAUUAAGUUAGCGUCCCUAGCCUUUGUGGGUAAAACUGAUGAGUAAAACGGGUUGUCUCAAUCUUUAUCUCGUGCGUUAUACAUUGAUUUAAAAUUAACUUCUUCAAAGUUCUCAUCGUGUUUAGUAUGGUUUUGUAUAUUGAAGAUGUAAGGAGAGUAUACAGACUUAUUUUAUAUAUCCUUGUGAAAUGAAUUAAUAUCUCUUGUGUUCGGAGAGUAUAGCCAGUUUUUUGAAAUUUUAUAAAGCAGUAUUUAUAAUAAUUUUGCUUAUACGGUAUAAAAGUUUUAUAGAUUUUUUUUAAAUUGCUUAUUUUCACUCUGAUUGAUUGAUUAUUAAGGAAAAAAAUUAGAGCGAAUAAAGGACAUUCAACUUUUAAUCUACAUCGUAAAUUAUAUCACUUCAUCGUAAAUUAUAUAUUAUAUCAUUUCUCCGAAUAUACAGGGUGUCCCAGAAUUGGUUUAACAUCUCUCGUAGACAGA